AGUUUAGACGUGAGCAGCCUCACUAACCGGAACGAUCGACCGAUCCGCUGCUCCACCGGCUUCUUUAUGCCGAUACACACAUCCUGUCCCUCUGGGAAACCGCCUACUUCCGGGGAGGGAUUGUGUGGAAGUACCCGGAACUGUUUGCAAGGUGCCGGCAGCCCGGCCGCUGAGAGCUUCUUCAGCUACGGAGCCGCCCGUUUCUCCUGCAGUUUCGGACAACGAGCGGCAGUGAUGACUCCGGUGUCUGGUUCGCGCAGGCCGGAGCGGGAGGCCUCGGGCUUCGGGGGGAAACGUCGCAGUUCGUCGAGGAGCCCCAGGCCCAGUAAAGCCGCCCGCUCCCCGCGGGGCCGCCGCUCGCGCUCGCGCUCACGUUCUUGCUCUCGGUCGGGAGACCGGAGUGGCCUCAGCCAAGGCUCCCGAAACCAGUCCUAUCGCUCCCGCUCGCGGUCACGCUCUCGAGAGCGGCCCUCUGCGCCACGGGGCACCCCCUUCGCUUCUGCCUCCUCGUCCGCCCAUUACGGCGGCUACUCGCGCCCCUACGGGGGCGACCAGCCGUGGCCUAGCCUUCUGGACAAGGAAAGGGAGGAGAGCCUGCGGCGGAAGAGAUUAAGUGAGAGAGAGAGGAUUGGAGAAUUGGGAGCUCCUGAAGUAUGGGGACUUUCUCCAAAGAAUCCAGAACCAGAGUAAGUGAUUAAAAGUUUU